AUGAAGCCCCAAUACGACCUAGGUCCCGAAUCUACUGUUAAACAAGAAGUGACAUUCAAGGAUGGCCUUCAGAUUGUUCAUGUGCCAGCACACCGAGAUUUGGAGGAAGCUGAAUUAUUUUUCGAUUUUGAAAAUGAUUUCCAACUAGUCAAAUUGGUCAGUGAACGAAAGUGUCAGCUAUCAAAAAUUGAUCCAGGGACAAAGCCAAUUUCGUUCAAUCCAAAUCAACGUCAAAGUGGCCCAUUGGAUUCAUCAAGUAUGCAACAUACAAGGGUUGUACGUUUGGAAACAAGAGAGCCUCUGACGAAUCUUUCUCAUCUUCGAAAAGAAAUGCAAACGGCUUGUGCUGGUUUUCCGACAUUUUGGGUUGAUAGCGUAGAAGAAAACUUGUAUUAUUCAGCACGGAAUUACCUCAGUGGCUUAACAGUUGGCAACAAUAAAUACCAGUUCUCUCCUUACACAAGAAGUUCGCUAACGUGUGCUCAUGGUGGUGGAAUUGUUGGUUCACAGAUUCAAUGUCAUCCUGACUGUUUUUAUCAAUUAUGUAAUCCGAAUGGAGGCAAGUGGUGCUAUUAUACGGCAGUUCAUUGUCCGAUGGUGACAACUUCGUGCUGGCAACAUCUAAACAAUGUCCCAUUGAAUUGUCGUCCUUGCUGUUCUAGCCCCAAAGUCCCAUGUGGUACGCAAUUACCGUACUGUGGCUGUUAUGCAGAUGGUCAGAAUGGAAAAUGA